AUGAAAAUCCCCAACCUGCAUCCGUUCAGGAGACGGACCUUAGUUCAGCCUUUGGCGCCGUCCACGGUUCAGAUUUUGCCUAGCGGAGAGAAAGCUGCAGCCCCAGCGAACGGACCAUCGGCCGACAACACGAUCAAAUACCGACACGGCAAGCUGGACAUCUUCCUGCUCGGCAUCACGAUUGUCAUCGGCGGGCAGUAUUUCUGCUGGAACGAAGGCAUCAACGCUGGGAUCUACAGCUUCCUCAUCGGAUAUUUCCUUAUUGCCACCGCGUACAUCACGCUGUGCAGCUGUACGGCGGAAAUCACGGGCGCACUGCCGUUUGCGGGCGGUUCCUACGGCUUAGCACGGUGCACGCUGGGGUUCUACCCGGCGUUUAUGGUUGGUUGCUGCGAGGCGCUCGAGUACAUCGCGUACGUCUCAGCGUCCGUGAUAUCGUUUGUUGACCUCAUUGUGGACGCUGCGCCAUCGCUAGACGCAUACUCGCCGCUGUUGUGGGCGCUAUUCUACGUCAGCUCACUCCUCAUCCAGAUCAAAGGCGGUCACGUGUUUUGGGUGUUCAAUCUCGGCAUUGGAAUCAUCUCGCUGCUUAUUGUGAUAAUUUACUGCCUCGGAUCUUUGGCGUUCGUCGAUUUCGCGGAAUACGGUGCAGACCCCAACCUGAAAUUUGUCGAUGGAUUUAGCGGGUUCAUGAAAGCCCUCCCUUUGGCGUCUUGGUUUUUCGUCGGCGUUGAAGCUCUCAGCUUAUCGAGCGAUCAAGUGGACCAGCCAAAGAAAAUAGUUCCACUUGCGCAAGUUUCGUGCGUCGUGACGCUUUCCAUCACUGGAUUGGUUGUGUAUUUCGUGACGGCUUCCCUCCCGCCGGGUUUAGCCUCGCUGCCAACCGAGUUGGUCCCGUUCAACCGAGGAUUCACGCUCAUGUUCAACAUCCCCCACCACGUCGCUACUAUCCUGUCGCUUCCGGCAACGUACGCUACCGCGUUUGGGUUCAUGUGGUGCUACGGCAAACUCAUCGCCGCCAUGGCAAUGUCUCGCUUGCUGCCUAAGUUCCUCUCCAAAACCACCAAAGAGCACGAGAGCCCGUACGGCGCCCUCAUCGCGGGAUCAGCCGUCAGCUACGGGUUGUGCAUCGUCUCGUAUUUCGUGCCCGCCGUAGGGAAGAACCUGUUCCGCAUCUGCAUCCUGUCGGCGUUCAUGUCGUACACGGGUCAGUGCAUCGGCUACAUCUCGCUCAAGCGCAACUACAAGAACAUCAAGAGCUCCGAGUUUCAGAGUCCGUUCGGCGUCGCAGGUGCCGUAUACUCGAUGACCAUCUGGAUUCUAGCGACGAUCGCAGUCGUAGCGUUCCAGGACAACGACGGAGUGGAGAUCAUCGCGUUUGGCGUGACUGUGACGCUGCUGACGCUGUUCUACUUCGGAUACUCUCGCACGCGCCAGACGUUCUCAGCGGCGGAGAACCGGGUGAUGCUCGUAGCUCACGUGACGAAGUUUAACGUGAAGAAGGUGGCCGCGGGCAGGAACAAGCGGGGUGUGAAGAAGUCUAGUAGCAAUAGCAAACGCACCGGAGGCGGAACUGAAACGUCUCAAACCGAGAGAGGGAGGCUGACCCUCAAAUCGGCCAAGUCGGCGAUGCAUUCGGUGACGAGUACGGCUCGAUAG